AUGGCCGAAGUCGUGGGCCUUGCAGCUAGCAUCAUCCAGAUCGCGGGGGCUGGCGCCAAGCUCAGCGUCGCAUUGUACAACUUCACGAACUCAGCCGCGCGAGCAGACCAGGACAUCAAGGACAUUGCCGAUGAUGUAGAACUCACCUCCAACGCGCUCGAGAGCGUAGGAAAGGUGUUUGAGUCCGAGGAUGCCAAGUCAAUUGUGUCGAAGAAGGCCAUCCAGGACGCUAACAACCUUAUCAAAAAAUGCCAAGGUGUCUUCAAUGAAGUGUCGGAAAUGGUGGAGAAAAGGAGGAAGGUGGGAAAAGAUGGAAAGAAGACCUUGAGUGUGAUGGGUAAGUUGGCAUGGCCAAUGAAGGAGCAGCGAGUCGAGUUGAAUCGAAGGAGGCUAGAGAGCUUGAAGAAUAGCCUUGUGCUUUUGUUGCAUGUCUUGCAAUUGGCACAAGCUGACAACAGCAGUAGGAGAAUGGAAAAGAGUGUCAUGGAAGAAGAGCGCGACAAAAUCCGCGAAUUGCACCAGCGCCAGCAAGAGUCACUCAAAAGUUUACAAGCCUUGGAGGGCAGAUUUUGCAAUAUUGCACUUGAUGACGAAGACCAUCUUCAGGGAUCAAGCCUUGUCUCCCCUAUUCCAACAUUGAAGCUCAUGGCCAACGCUCAAACCAUGAAACUGCCCCCACUAGAGAAACGUACAAGAUCUAUGACAAACACCAUCACCAUCGAUCUUUCCGGCACAGAUGAUUCCGACACGUCCGAUAGCGACGCCAUGAUGACAGAUGAAGACGACGAGCAUAUAUCCGUUGAAGAAUUAUCGAGAGCGGCGAAGCACGUUACAAAACUGCUCGGUCGUAUCACGGUGCUUCAGAAGAGUCUCCGUACUAACCAGAACCCUCAUCGGAAGCGACGCGUGCACAAAAUGUACCAACGUUUCUGCCGCAAGUUUGAGUUAGAUAUCAACCUUGCUCAAGCUGCAGGCCCAUCACCAGAUGUUGAGAACAAGUCCCACAGUACUGCGUUGGAGGACUAUGAGAUAACUACCCGUAGCUUUGGUAUUGGACCAGGCCCUUAUGGAUGGGUAUCCUAUCACCCGAACCCGUUGACGCACCGACUAGCACCUGCGAGUACCGAGGGUAUGGCAGGACGGGCGCCCAAAGGACGAAAGAGAGCCUUGAAUGCUGAGCAGCGCCGCCAUGCAGCGUUGAUGCGGAUUGUUGGCGCUUGCUCGAAUUGCCAACUACGGAAGGAAAGGUGUGACCCUGGCACUCCGUGCAGGGCCUGUCUUGAACAUUACAAAGGAGAUCUAGCCAACCAUCCUUGUCGGCCUCCUGAGCGUGAGAGUAGCCAAUAUGAGACGCACAAGCCUCCGGAAACACGACCUUCGACCCGGGACCGCCGUCCAUUCGACCUAGCGGUCGUGGACGCUGGUUCCGUGGAGGGCUUCGACUCUGACAGUUUCCUUCAUGUCGGGGCUGAGAGUACGCCAUUUCCAAUUGUUGAUCUUGGAGAUUUUGACCCACGAGCUCAUGCACAGCUCAAUAGCACAACACCCGCAGGUCCUCUUCCCACCUAUCAACGACCAGAUGGCGAGUACGUUCUACACAGCCGCAGCAGAGCUAUUGCCAUUCCUGAUGCUAUCCGUGAAUCCACCAGCUACAAGAAUCGACCUCCAGUCUCUACAUCAGCACGAAGAGCUCCUCCUAUGCCCUCAGUAUCACCAGUGGCUUCACAUUACCCUCGUUCUCAACACAAAACUUCUACUUCCUCUCUCUCGCCUGACCCCCAUGGGAGAGUAUCCUACAAUAUUAUGAGCGAUCCUCCGAACUCACAUUCCUACCCUGUGACGACAGCUCCAGAUGCAGCACCACAUCCUCAUCAUGGAAUGUCUGAUCAGCAAGGGAAGUUACCGUCACUAAUGGUUGAUCUGCCUCGAGCAUCGCAGUCUGCACCUUCUCUGCGAUAUCCCUCACCUCUGAGAGAAACGCAGCACGGAGCUAUGCCUCAGAUUCCUGCGCCUGUACAAAUGGAUGCUUCAACACCAGGUCUACGGCACGGACAGCACAGUCCUCUCCCCGGCCGAUCUGAGGAAAAAGGUGGCUUUGUGCAAGCUGCGGGCGCCGCCGGUUACAUGGAGAACAGUGACAAAGACUGUAGUAGCGACCGAGACUCAUCCGGAGAACGAGAGCGUGAGCGCCGAAAGGCAAGCGAUGAGCGCGACAGGCGAGACCACCCCAUUGAACGACAGGAGAGGAAGUCUGAAUGGAACUUCAUUUCGAGUGGGUACGCAUUGCCCAUCGCAUCGACCGACUUUCCUACAUUCAGCAGCGCACUUUACCAUCAAGCACGCACUUAUCGUCAGGCUCAGAUGCAACAACAGCAACAACAAUCAGACCAGAUUCAGAUACAGCAACAAGAUGCGAUGCAAUUACAGAGUCCAUCCACGCCUAGUCCUGCUAUGCCUAUGCUCACCAGGCCCAUGCUACCUUCGACGAAUCAUGCUCUUCAAGACUAUCAAUACCAGUUGAGGUCCUUGGAGCAACAGAACAAGAAGAGGUUACUAAUAUCUCGACAAGAACAAACUGAUGAAAGCGAACCACCUGCGAAAAGAGCUCGACCUACUCAGUCUGAAGAGGAUGCAAAACAAGGCUUGCUUCUACCUCCGGUUGCCUCUAGUUCGCGACUCGAUCCUAUCAUCGCCAGCGUUAGCACCGGCUCACCCGGUAAGAACUGGAUGGAAAUCCGCUCGCUCUCCAGUAGCGAUAAUGGCUGGGUUGACGUCGAUCCCGGCCAUGGCUACCACAACUCCUACCACUACUCAGAUAGCUCCGCCACCAUCUUCAACCCUGUUCAGUCACUUCACAUCCGCACUGGCUCCGACGUGCCACGAUCGUUGCAAUCUUUCAGCAACUUCGAGGAAAUACAAUUUCCCAAUUACUUGCCUCAAACGGAGACUGACCAGACAGCUGCAGAUUCGUUCAAUAUACUAAACCGAUUUCGGGAAGGAACUAAGACCAUUCCGAAUCCGUUUGAAACAUUGGAAGAAACAACUCUCCUGAAGAAGAUGCUAAUGAAUAUGGACCCGGCAACAAAGAAAGAGCUGUUGCAGCUACCUGACCCGCAAUUUUGUGGGACGGUGCAGAAGUACUUGCAGAAUGUGAUGCAGACGCAGACGGGACAGUCGAGGACGCCCCCGGAAGUUUCAUCUACAGAGCAGGUCUCAUAUGGAAGCGCCAUUAAUGAAGUGGCGGCGCCACCACCGAAUUCCCCCAGGAAGACCUUUCCUCAACCUGCCAUGUGUCGGAAGUCUUCCCAAUCCCCCGAAGCUACAAUUCACUGGUCUGGAUCACGUUCGGCGGCUGAGUGCUUUCCGCUAUGUGACGAGACGGAACGAGACGACGACGGUUGUUGUAGGCAGGGGACGCGGAUGGGAAGUGAUACAGAUGAGUUCCCUCCCGGCGGUGCAUAUAAUGCUUCGUUGGUGCACAAGGAGAAAGAAGAGCCUAUAUCGCGAGGUCCGAGCGGAAUUUCACCAACAGGUGUCUCAGGGCCUGCAAUAAACUCCAAGACGAGGAAGAGGACUAAGAGUGGAUGUCUCACCUGUCGGAAACGCCGCAUACGUUGUGGUGAGGAGAGACCUACUUGUGCUAACUGCACUAAAUCUAAACGUCAGUGCGAGGGCUACAGGCAGAGAGUCACCUUUGAACCGCCAGUCGGGGACUGGCCAAACUAUCCUCCAGGUGUGGUCAGCACUAUACAACAUCGCACUUCAAUGCUCCCUGGAACACGUACCGAGAUUGGAAAUACUUUAGACUCCGUUGACAGAGAUAUUGUCGAUGUGCUGCUCGAGCAAUGGACUGUGCCAGUGUACUGA